UGUGAAAAAGAAAACAAGAGAAAAAGGUAGCUCAAGUAUAAAUUAGGAUAUGUAAACCAUCCUCUUUUAGUAAAAGUAACACAGCAAAGCAAAUAAUGUUGUCUUCAAACUUCUUGUUUUUCUCUGUAACUCUACUAAUCAUCACACUCUCCCCCAUACCGAAUUUUGCUUCUGCUACUUUGGAGGAAGCCAAUGCUCUUCUCAAAUGGAAAGAAAACCUUGAACUUCCACACAACUCCUUGCUCUCUUCAUGGAUUCCACUCCCUAUGAACUCCACGACAUCAUUUCCAUGCACUUCUUGGUUUGGAGUAGUUUGCAAUGCUGUUGGGAGCAUUCAGAGGUUGAACCUCAGUUCAUCGGGCUUAAAAGGUACACUCCACCAAUUUCCAUUCUCUUUGCUACACAAUCUUACGCAUUUUGAUCUCUAUGAGAAUAACUUCUUUGGCACCAUCCCACCAGAAAUCAGACUCUUGUCCAAACUUGUAUAUCUUGAUUUUUCAUUGAAUAUGUUUUCUGGAGUAAUUCCACCUGAAAUAGGAAACCUGCACCAGCUGACCAACCUGUACCUAGACUCGAACAAUAUAUCUAGCUCAAUUCCUUCAUCAUUAGGUGAUUUGACAUCUUUGAAUACCCUUUAUUUGUACAAAAAUCUUCUAUCUGGUCCCAUUCCUAUUGAACUUGGCAAUUUGAAGUCUCUCACUCAUCUUGCGGUAUACAAAAAUCAACUUAGUGGUUCUAUCCCUUCAUCACUAGGAAACCUCAGCAACCUACAGUCUCUACACCUCUAUGAGAAUAGAUUAUCUGGUCUCAUUCCUAUUGAACUUGGGAAUUUGAAGUCUCUCACUCAUCUUGUGGUAUACAAAAAUCAACUUAGUGGUUCUAUUCCUUCAUCACUAGGAAACCUGAGCAACCUACAGUCUCUACGCUUCUAUGAGAAUAGAUUAUCUGGUCCCAUUCCUAUCGAACUUGGCAAUUUGAAGUCUCUCACUCAUCUUGUGUUAUACAAAAAUCAACUUAGUGGUUCUAUUCCUUCAUCAUUGGGUGAUUUGACAUCUCUGAAUAUUCUUUUUUUGUAUAAAAACCAACUCUCUGGUCCCAUUCCUAUUGGACUUGGGAAUUUGAAGUCUCUCAAUUCAAUUUCCAUGAGCUACAAUCAACUUAGUGGUUCCAUUCCUUCAUCACUAGGAAACCUGAGCAACCUACAGUCUCUACGCCUCCAUGAGAAUAGAUUAUCUGGUCCCAUUCCUAUUGAACUUGGGAAUUUGAAGUCUCUCGCUGAUCUUCAGGUUGGCAAAAAUCAACUUAGUGGUUCUAUUCCUUCAUCACUAACAAACUUAAGCAAGCUAGAGACAUUGUACCUUAAAGGGAAUAAAUUAUCGGGUAUCAUUCCUAUUGAACUUGGGAAUUUGAAGUCUCUCACUGAUCUUAUAUUGAGCAACAAUGAUCUGACUGGCUCUAUUCCUUCAUUGCUAGCAAACCUGAGCAACCUACAAUAUCUGUACCUCAAAUACAAUAAAUUAUCAGGUGCCAUUCCUAUUGAAUUUGGGAAUUUGAAGUCUCUUGAAGAAUUGGUGGUGAGCGGCAAUCAACUUAGUGGUUCUAUUCCAUCAUCACUAGCAAACAUGAGCAACCUAAAGACUAUGUACCUCCACGAGAAUAAAUUAUCUGGUCCAAUUCCUGUUGAACUUGGAAAUAUGAAGUCCCUGACUCAGCUUAUGGCGAACCACAAUCAACUUAGUGGUUCUAUUCCUUCCGAGUUUACGAAUUCAACUCAACUACGAAGGCUUAAUCUGUCUUCAAAUAAUUUGGUUGGUGAGAUUCCAAAAGCAUUUGAGAAGAUGAAAAGUAUGUUAUAUUUGUACAUUUCUGAUAACCAACUGUCAGGUAAUAUACCUCUGGAGCUCGGGUCAUUCCGUGAACUCCUUGAACUAGAUCUAUCCACAAAUAGAUUGAAUGGGUCGAUACCCAAAAGCAUUGGUAAUUGGGCACACAUCCAUCACUUGAAUCUUAGUAAUAACCAGCUUAGUGAGAAAAUUCCAGGUGAGAUUGGUAAAUUAGUUCAACUUACGGAACUUGAUUUAUCUCAGAAUUUUCUCACAAAAGAUAUACCAUCUGAAGUUCAAAGUUUGCAAAAUGUACAAAAAUUGGAUCUUUCUCACAAUAGACUAUCUGGUUCUAUUCCUGAAGCUUUCACAAGUUUGCCUCUUGGGAUUGAUAUCAACCUUUCUUACAAUGAGCUCUCAGGUCCGGUUCCCGCUAGCGCCAACUUUGUGAAUGCGUCCCUACAAGGCAAUCCAGGUUUGUGUGGAAAUGUUACGGGAGUGGAACUUUGUGCAAGUCAAAUCUUGAAGAAGAAAAAUGAUCCCUUUCAUCAUCAGCUCAUCCUAAUAAUUAUGCUCCCUCUUAUCGGGGCAACUUUACUUGGUUUAUUCAUGUGUGGCCUCAUUGCUUAUCGAAAACAAAAGAGACAUUCUCUACAGAAACCAUUGGAUAAUGAAGGUGGUGAUUACUUCUCCAUAACAAAUUUUGAUGGAGGAGUAGUGUAUGAUGACAUCUUGAAAGCAACGGACAAUUUUGAUGAAGCAUAUGCUAUUGGAACCGGAGGAUAUGGGACUGUGUACAAAGCUGAGAUACAGCCUAACAAUGUGGUAGCUGUCAAGAAACUUCACUCAUCAUCUGAGAAUGUUGAUCAUAAUGGAUUCCUUAAUGAGGUACGAACAUUAACAAACAUAAGGCAUCGAAACAUAGUGAAACUCUAUGGAUAUUGCUCCCAUCCCCAUCACUCAUUUUUGAUUUAUGAAUACCUUGAAAAGGGAAGCCUUGGAUCAAUCUUAAGAAGUGAUGUCUUAGCAAAAGAAUUGGAUUGGUUGAAAAGGGUCGAUAUUGUAAAGGCUGUUGCUAAUGGUUUGGCUUAUAUGCAUCACGACUGCUCACCUCCUAUAAUUCAUAGAGACAUUUCCAUCAACAACAUCCUUCUUGAUUCUGAUUAUGAGGCACAUAUAUCUGAUUUCGGCACGUCCAAGCUUUUAAAGCUAGACUCAUCAAACUGGACGACAAUUGCAGGCACCUAUGGUUAUAUCGCGCCAGAGCUUGCUUAUACAAUGGUGGCAUCUGAGAAAUGUGAUGUGUAUAGCUUUGGAGUUGUUGCACUAGAAGUGGUGAUGGGAAAGCAUCCUGGAGAACUGAUAACAUCUUUACCAACAUUGUCUGCUGAUUAUUUGGUGUUAGAAAAUGUGGGAGAUAGCCGGAUACCUCCUCCGUCAUCCCAAAUUGAGAAACAAGUUAAGUCGGUGUUGACUCUCACAAGAGCAUGUUUGAACUCAAAUCCACAUGAAAGGCCAACAAUGCACCAAGUUUCAAAUCUGUUAAUUAGAAUCUGCUUUGAAUUGACAUCUUCGGCUUGAUAAAGUGUACAUUCGAUGUUCUUAAUUUUUUUGUAGUUUUGUAUGAUGCUCCUGACUAUAUCUACACAAUUGAAUGCCAAGGACGAUUGCAAUCCUUCUACUCAAUACUGGAAAAGAGUGCUAGCUACACAAGUUUUGCCUUUAUUUCCAGGUGAAAUUUUGAAGUGGAAAAGUAAUAUACAAGGUUUCUACAAAGAGAUCAACAAGUCAUUAGUUAACCCUAACAAACAUGAUUAAAAUCAGCAUAUACAAAUUACCAUUGCCAUAAAUGUAAAACAUUUUUCCCCUGCCAUUGGCCUAAUGUUUAAGCAGGUUAGUAAUCAGGGUCUUUCUUAUCUUAAACAUUUACUUGAAAAAUAUGACAUACAAGUGCUAUAUAUCAUCUUAUUUUGUUACAUUCCUAACAAAGAACAAAUCAAGACUCAUUAAUGCAAGUAUAAAAGCUUCAUCAUCUGAACCUCCCUUGCAUGUCUACUGGGAGCAGCGAAAUGGCAGCCGUAGUUUUAUGGAUCCUCAAUCGAUCGUGGAAGAAUUUGAAAACCAUUUGUCAUGUGUGACUAUUUUUACUGGAAUCCAGAAAGAACUAAAACAAGGGCUAUUAAUGUUGAUAGACAUCAUAAUUUUCCAGAGACAUGAUAUCUAAUGUUGAGCAACUUUUCUGAUGACAUCAUAGCAAGAUUAACUAGUUAUAACGACAUACACUCGCAGGCCCGGCCCAGUACCUAGGCAACUUGGGCUUAGGCCCAGGGUAGGAAGUUUAUGGGGGCAUCCAGCUAUGGUUCUUUUACAUAUAAAGUGGCCCAAAAAAUAGCCCCAUAUCUUGUGAUCUGUCAGGACGUGAGAAAGCAGGGCAAGAAAACCUUAGGCGCCAGACAAUCAUCGAGCGUUCAUCAAUUGCGUAUAGAAAAUCCAAACGUCCGGCGCUUUGAAACAUGUUGUUAUCGAUUGGAGAAUUUGAUGCCCUAGAAUCACCUUAUGUCUCUGAUAAAUAAAGAGAUGUUGAUCAUCUCUACAAUCUCAGAGGCUGCCUUCCCACAUGUUCAAGGCACUACUACAUCACGUGAAGUCUGGCUCUCUCUAGAACGUGCCUACUCUCCUCACACGUCUUCCAGUGAAUACACUCUCAAAACACAGUUAAUGAAGAUACAAAUGAAGGGUGUUGAAACAUAAGAAGUCUAUCUCGAUAGGGAAAAAGAGUAUGCUGAUGCUUUAUCCAACAUUGGUGAAGCUUUUAAAGAAAAAGAUUUGGUUAUGCUUGUAAAUUGCAGGUCUUCGUGAAGAAUAUAAUAGUUUGAAAUCGACUCUUCUUGCUAGACAGGUUCCAACUGCCUUUAAUGAGUCACAUGGGCUACUCUCAGAUCACGAUUUCAUGAUCAAACAAUUUGUUCCUGUUGUUCAAUCACCACAGGCCUUUACUACUAAUACUAUUGGCAUGUCUUUUCUAACAGGGUCUUCACAACAGGAUCUCGUUCAAGCUCUUAAUCAACUUGCCUCACAACUCGGAUUCAGUACUCUACAACCUUUUACUCAACAGUCAUAAGCUUGCUUCACUUCCUACUCUCAAAACAACCGUUCUUGUGGUCGCACCACCAACAAUUGUGGGUUUGGAUGUAGUCCAAACAACCGAACCAAUAGAGGACAAUUUAAUUGGGCAUCCAAUCAAAAUACGGUGUAUGGAACUUGCAAGCGAUGUGGCAUUGGUCACAUCCCAUCUAACUGUCGGAAUCGUGACCCGGCAACCAUCCGCAACAGACAACAAUUUUCAGUCAAUCAUGAUGAUUACUGGUCCCAAUCCCCCUCCUGGCUCCUUGACACUGGUGCUAAUAGCUAUGUAGCACCAAAAUCAUCUAGUAUCGGUACGUCUGAACCAUAUUAUGGUGAAGAUUUUCUCCACGUUGGAAAUGGAUGAGAAGUCGGCCACUAUCCUCCUCAUAGGUCCACGUAAAACAGGCUCUACUCGCUUCAUCUCCCAUUCCUCCUACCAAUUUCUAGAAGCGUCUUCACUGGUGUUCGUGCUCCUGUUCACACAUGGCAUUAACGGCUUGGUCACCCUCAUUCGUAACUUUUACAUUCCAUGUUAACAUAAUACUCUCUUCUAGUUUGGCACAAAAAGUCAAGUAUUCCUUGUAAUGCAUGUCAUGUAGGAAAAUCCUCUAAACUUUCUUUGCCUUUAUCGAAUUUUAAAAGUUCUUGCA